CCGGGAGCUUCAGGAAGCCAUGGAAGCGGUCAAUCAGAACCAGCUGAUGCGUGAGUUUGUCACCUCAUCUACUGCUUGGCAGUUCAACCCACCGGCGGCGCCCCACAUGGGCGGCAGUUGGGAGAGGCUCAUCCAAUCGGUCAAGCGAAACCUGAUGGAAGUUCUACAUGCGCGACGACCAACUGAUGAGGAGCUGCGCAAUGCGUUGACGGAAAUAGAAGGUGUGCUGAAUACACGCCCUCUGACACACGUGCCCAUUGAUGACGAAGCAGCACCAGCGUUAACCCCCAAUCACUUCCUGUUGGGUUCAUCGGACGGUUCCAAACCUUUGUCUCUGGUUGAUGCGGAUACUGCUGCACUACGGCGAGGUCACCCAACCUCCCAAUGGUUGGCGAAUCUCUUUUGGAAGCGAUGGGUUAGGGACUACCUACCCGACAUAACCCGUCGUACAAAAUGGUAUGAGCAGGCGAAACCUCUCCAAGUGGGUGACGUAGUAGUCAUUGUGGACCCUGAGCACCCCAGAAGCUGUUGGCCCAAAGGACGGGUCAUCGGAGUAACCAGCAGUGGAAGACAAACUCGUAAGGCUACCGUGCAAACAUUGCAUGGAAUCUACGAGAGACCAACCGUGAAGCUGGCGGUGUUGGAUGUUCGGCGCGAGAUGGAGUAAGCGGAACCGGAAGGCCAGGUCCGCGUACCGGGGGGGAGUGUUGCGCCCCUCGGGCGAUACGCACCUACCAUCGCAUCACCUUGGUUCGUCGACCGUCGGUAGAAAUGACGUUCCAUUGUCCGAAUAGGUAGCUGACGUGGUCAUUGGUUUGACAGAGAGCAGAAAAACACAGAAGAAUGCUGAUUCAUGUUGAUGUUCAGUGAGAAAUCUACAAUUUGUAAAAUUAUAACUAGUUUCUAUUGGAAUACUUAGCUAUCAGUGCUGAAGAUUGGUGAGGAGUGAAAUCAAUAUUACUCCCUUUGAUUCCCGGUCCGCAAUCGUGCCCAAUUCAUUAUUCUAUGGUUUGGAAACUUCAUAGAUUGUUGGGCUAAAUUGAGUGCAAAGGGGUAAGAACUAAACCUAAA